AUGCUUUGUAAGGUAGAGAAGAGAAGCGAUGAGCUCCUCGACGUUCAUCAUUUGUCCGAGACAUUGGAAGAGCUAGGUCGAGACAGGGAAGACAACACACAUACGUACCUCGGAGACAUUAAUGACUCUGUUGAAAGCCUACAGUCCUCACUGUGGCCUCUGAACCAGUACAUCCACGAUAAUCCUGAACUUGCAUUCGCAGAGUACAAGGCGCACGAUGCUUUGACGAAGUACAUACGCUCGUUCGCUGGCUGGGAGGUGACAAUAUCAGCAUAUGGGAUUGAAACAGCAUGGAUCGCAACAUACGACAGUGGAAGGGACGGGCCUGUCGUUUCUUUCAACGCUGAGAUGGAUGCACUGCCUGGAAUGGGCCAUGCGUGUGGUCAUAAUUUGAUCGCAAUCGCAUCUCUCGCCGCUGGCGUAAUAACCGCCAACAUAAUCAAGAAACACGAUCUACCAGGAAAAGUGAUCAUAUUCGGCACACCAGGAGAAGAAGGCAUUGGCGGCGGCAAGAUCCAGCUACUCAAGGCCGGAGCCUACAAAGGCGUCGACAUCUCUCUCAUCUCACACCCCGGCAUAUACAACAAUAGUCCCCGCGUGCGAACCACCGCCUUCUCCAGAAUCGAAGUCGAAUACUUCGGCCGUGCCGCCCACGCAGCAAACAGCCCCUGGCUAGGUAUCAACGCCCUCGACGCUCUCAUCAUCGCAUACAAUGCGAUCUCCGCCCUGCGCCAGCAAACAAUGCCCACCGACAUCAUCGGCAUGAACAUCACCAACGGCGGUGCACGCCCAAACGUCAUCCACGCAUACGCCGCAGGCACCUGUGUGAUCCGCACCAACACAUCUGCCCGUCUCAGCGAGCUCGAAGCAAAAGUCAGCGCAUGUUUCCGUGCCGGCGCUGAAGCUACUGGUGCGCGUGUCGAGAUCAAAAUUACGCCUGGAUAUGCAGAUCAUAUCCCCAAUCGCGUCCUCGCAGCCUCGUAUACCAAGUACUGGAACGCUUUACCUGACGUUCCUGAGCCGCAGAUACCGUCGGGCGAGCAGUACACGUAUGUCAAGCUAUGCGAUGCCGAGCGUGAAUGCGAGUUUUUCGAUUCCGCCUGGGCUGCACGCGGGGCCGCCGCAUACGCCGGACUUUGA